GGUGCCGACUGCCUCCCACCCGCCGCAGGGUCCCAGACAACAGCCUGCCCUACUUCCACAAGCGCCCCCAGGCUCGCAUGCUGCUCCUGGCGCUCUUCUGCGUGGCCGUCAGCGUGGUGUGGGGCGUCUUCCGCAACGAGGACCAGUGGGCCUGGAUCCUCCAGGACGCCCUGGGCAUCGCCUUCUGCCUCUACAUGCUCAAGACCAUCCGCCUCCCCACGUUCAAGGCCUGCACGCUGCUGCUGCUGGUGCUCUUCAUCUACGACGUCUUCUUCGUGUUCAUCACGCCCUUCCUGACCAAGAGUGGGAACAGCAUCAUGGUGGAGGUGGCCACUGGGCCCUCAGACUCGGCCACCCAUGAGAAGCUGCCCAUGGUCCUGAAGGUGCCCAGAUUGAACGCCUCGCCUCUGGCCCUGUGGCUGCUCGUGGCCUACUGCCACAGGUUCGACAUCCAGGUGCAGUCCUCCAGGGUCUACUUCGUGGCCUGCACCAUCGCCUACGGCAUUGGCCUGCUGGUGACGUUCGUGGCCCUGGCCCUGAUGCAGCGCGGCCAGCCCGCCCUGCUGUACCUGGUGCCCUGCACGCUGGUGACGAGCUGUGCCGUGGCGCUCUGGCGCCGGGAGCUGGGCAUGUUCUGGACGGGCAGCGGCUUUGCGGUGAAUACCAGUUUGCUAUGA